AUGGCCGACACUUCAUCUCGCCAAACUCGCUCAAACAGCUUGCAGCGUAUGCUGGAUCUGGAAAAGCAGUACAUGAACGAGAGACUACGCCUCGGUUCAAACCGGUUCGAUUACCCCGGUGCCACAUUCAACAGCCUCGCGGCAUCAUCAGGGCAGCGCCCUGCAAGCCGGGGUCGUCGAGCCGAACCUCAAACGGUGCAAGACCGCCGCAGAAGCGAGCAACGCCAGCGAAGUUUUCCGCUUCAAACUCAGCCACCAAAGCCACAGCUGGUCAUAGAUGUCAAUACCGCUUUAGCCAAGCCAUCCGCCCCUGCUAUUCGCGAUCCCGCCCACAACAUGAAGAUUCGCCGGAGUAGCAAGAAUAUCGCUGCCUCCCCGCCUUCUAUUCCAUACAGCUCUACCGUUGAAGCUUUCCCCACACCAGUAUCUACUACGGACAGCUCUGUCUGCCAGUCUCCUAGCUGGGAAGCGUACGACAGGCGAAAGCAAGAGAAAAGGGAGGAGAAGAGAGCCAAGGACGACGCAAAAGCAACGAGAAAACCCCGCCGUCUGAGCAAAGUCCCUCCAACUUCGUCCCCGUAUGGAGUCAGCCAGGCCAAUUCGAACCAAUCUGAGCCUGCAAUUCUAGGCAAUGGCAGAAAGCCUCGGCCCGCAAGCAUGGUCAUUUCAGAUAGCCCUUCCAUGGAAGCACCAUUCUACAAGCAGCCUCGUUCCCGCGCAGGGUCGUUCUCCUCUCUGAUCAAGUCGACUUUCGACUUUCGCCGUUCUUCGAUUGACCAGUCUCAAGAGCGGCCAUUCAUUGGGGGUAUCAAACUUGAAUAUGAGCAACAUCUCGCCAACGAAAGAACUAUGAAUCAGCAAAGUGCUGUCGACGUCACGGAUGUCCAUCCUGCCUUGCGUACGAGCAAGACAGCUCUCAAAUCUCCACCUCCACCACCUCGCCCUACAAACCCAAAGAAUCCGAGUUCGCGGGCAUACCCCCCGAAUACCUUCAGAACUACGAAGUCAAAGUCAAUGUUCUUGGUAUCCCCUACCGCUCCGGCAGUGCCAGACCUCAGUACCAUUGAUAAAUGGCGCGUACGUGUUGGUCUCAGGUCCUCAAGCAAAUCUUCGUCAUUGCAGAGCCCUACUAAAAAGGAUGCCCCUCCGGCCUCAGAGAUUCUGGACGCUUCAAACAGUGCAGAUGCCAAUUCUGGAGAAGAAAGCGCGAAGAGAAGCGAGAGCGCCGUGGAGCCAGCAAGCAAAAAGACUUCAACUACCCCGGAGCCAGUGCGAAAGACACCUCCGCCUCCGGAGCCGCCUCGUCGAAGCUCAAAGCGCAACUCUGUGCUGAUUGGAAGCCCGUCCAUGCCGCUUCUCAAUGCUGCUCUGCUACAUGUACCGCUCGAGACAGCUUCUUCUUCUUUCUACGAUUUGACCUCCAUAGCUGGCAACGACAACACCAAACAGCCUAGUGCGAGCCCGUCUUGGGAGAAUUUGCAAUCGUCAGUUAUGAACACGAUUGAACAUCACCUCCAGCUCCUCAGAAGAUUCUGCGUCCGAUUGCUUCAACACUGUUUCUAUGCCAAAAUUCAGCUGCAUGACAAUGCCUACCCUAGCGAGGCCUGCUCUUUUGUAUCCGCCAGUUCAUUCACUGGUGCUUACGAUACUGAUCGCGACGUCGAUCCCAUCCAAGCAGCGGCCAGAAAGGUCAUGGCAGCUUUGCCACCAAUGCCGUCGGCGAAACCCGCCACAGAGCAUGAGCCUUUGAAGCUACGCUCAAGAUUUACCGACAACUCCAGCAUUUCGGAUUCUUCUUUGAUGGAAGUUCCCAGACUUUCUCCAAGGAACCCGAAAGCGCAACCCCCGAAGCGUACGAAUGGCGACACAGUUGCCAAAGUCUUUGUUGAAUGCUGCGGAUGCAAGUAUUACCACGAUAUGCCCAGCAAGCUUUACGAUGCCAUGGUCAAUCCCAAUGUCGUUUUGAGUCCCAGUGACAGAUCUGACUUUGCUGGGGCCAUCUCGAUGACCGUCAAAUGCCCAUGGUGCAAGCACGCAAUGAGCACAAAUUGCUGCGCUGGAUUGGCCGCCAUGGUCUACGUCAAGGAGCGACUUCACUAA